GAUUUUAGCACGAGACAUUCCCUUCCAUUCCGCCAGAAAUUGCUUUGCUUCUUCUUCUGCAUAAGGACGAGAAAGUUGGGGCUAGGAUCGCUAGAUUUCCUUCAAUGGCUUCAAGCACGAGUCCCAAACCGGAGAAAAAUGCUGCCCCGGUGUUGCAGCCGGAGUUCGGCCCCGACGGUAUUAUUCGAGAAUCUCCGGUCAUCGCGUAUACGGAAAAGAUAAUUGAGGAAGAGCGGCUUCAGUUGAGGAAGUACAUUGAAGAAAACUACUCCAAAAUUCGAGAUGUUGAAAGAGAAUUAGCAAAUCUGACGAUGGAAAUGAAGCUUACUUCUGGACCAAAGAAACAUGCUCUUGAGCUCAUGCGUAAGAAAAUUGAAAUGUCAACGGAGAGAAUUCAUGUUGCAAAGCAGAAAGAAGAACUAGCAAAAAAGGCAUGGGAAGAAGCUGCAAAAGCUGUAAAGGAUGAAGAAGCUGUUAAACAGAAGCUUUGUGAAGAUUUGAAUAAUCUGGUUCUUGAGAGUAGUAAUGCACAACUGACUAGACUGGAGGAAUUGAAACGCAGGAUGGAGUCUCUGAACCCUAGCAGAGCAUCAGUUUCCACUCCGACUGAUGGAAACCAAAGACCAGCACAGAUCAGUACUUCUGCAAUCCCAAGUGCAUCUUCUAAGCCUGAGAAUGUUGAGAAAUCUACAGAUAAAGGCCAACAGCCAUCUGUUGAUGGAGCAGGAGGGAGAAAGAAAGCUGUGAUCCAUGGUAAAGUAAGGGGAAUAGGAGCAGUACCUAAGGGUAGAAAUCCUGCAUCACCUGGUUGGACUGGUUCUGGUUUUGACGUCGACAGUAGAGUGUAAAACCAGCAUUACAGCAAUAUGUCCCCACCUGGUUAAAGUCCAGUCUACAGUGUUAGCUUUCCUCGUGCAAUUUGUUCAUUAUUUCAUUGAACCAGCUACUGAAGUUCUGUCAACUAUAUACAAGGGAAAGAAAAGCUAUCCCCUGAGUGGACUUAAAUUGUAAACAUGCCUGUACAUGAGACAUUUAAGCACUUAACUUUUUUAUGAAUUGCCAUUAACAUGUU